CUCAUCUGAUCUCUGUCAGAAAGCCAACAGAGGUUUAGGUUCACAGCUCCUCUCAUUCUUAGAAACUGUGCCGUAUUGCACUAUGUGGCUUCUGGUCUUCAUCUGCGUUUCGACAGCCGGUGCUGUCCCCAUAAAGCCAUCCCAGGAUGCUACUACUCCUGCCACAGGUAACGUUACAGUUAUUUCUGAUGUGCUGCAGUCAGCCUCUACAGAAUCUCUAAAAGCUGGUGACAUUCCUUUAAAUGACACCCACAAUGUGACCAGUCCUGCUCCAGGUGUGACUGUCUCCAUCAUGCUUGAUCCACCACAGAGAGUCAGUGCAGAAACCUUAGAAGAGCUUCAAGAAGACAUGAUUGUCCAGGAGGGAGAUAUUUUGGUUACGGAGGACAGGAAUGCUGUGGAGACCCUGUGGCCAGAUGCCAUCGUACCUUAUACCAUCAGUGCUGAAUUAGCUGAUCGAGUAUCAAACAUCUACACUGCCUUCAGAAUGAUUUCAGAUGUCACAUGUAUUCGCUUCCAACAACACACCACAGAGCUGAACUACCUGAAGUUCCAGAACGGCAAAGGAUGUGCGUCCUUUGUUGGUUGUCGAGGAGGAGCCCAAACCUUGUACUAUGCUCGGUCAUGUAGUGUGGGGAACCUUUGCCAUGAGAUCAUCCACGCACUGGGAUUACAUCAUGAACACACCCGCAAGGACCGGGAUCAAUACAUCACUGUGCAGUGGCAGAACAUUAUGCCAGGGAGACAAAAGAACUUCAACAAGAAACGUGGGAACACUCUGAACCUGCCAUAUGACCUGAACUCUAUAAUGCACUAUGGGCAGUAUUUUUUCAGUCAGGAUGGAAGUCCGACUGUGCUGUCCAAGCAGGGCAAAGUGCAGAUGGGUCAGAGGACACAUCUCAGUCAGCUGGACAUACAGAGACUGAACAGACUCUACCACUGUGAUGAGCGGGCGAAAACGCUGUGAGCGGGUUUGCUGCUGGUUUUCCUGCAUUUACCAUGG